AUGAGGUACAAUAUGAAGAAAAGUUCCUCCUCAGCUUCUUCACCCAAGUUUAGUUACGGAAGCUUUUACUUCCCUGAUUCUGGUGGAUCCAACCGAGUCCACUCUGGAUACCCUAGCCAUAAAUCCAGCAUUGGAAGUGGUGGAAUAGUGAAAAGCUAUAAGUCCCACUGUUUAAAGACAUCUCGUAAUGAGAAAUUCCACAGUUCUUCUCAAGAUCACCUCAAGGCUCCUAGAAAUGUAGCAUAUAAAGAAAAAAUGUAUGCAUCUAUGGACGAUGGACAACGGUACCGAUACACGCACGAUACUCAAAACUAUGGAAGCCACUCCAAGGACUACCCAAGCAGUAAGACCAUGGGACUACUAAGCACCAAUGAAAAGGAAACCAUGCAGUAUCUGAAUGAACGUCUGGCAUCUUAUCUCGACAAGGUUCGGUCUCUAGAGCAGGAGAAUACCCAGUUGGAGAAGAAGAUAUGUGAGUGGUAUGAACACAAUGCGCCAACAACGCCCCCUGACUCCAGUCUGGAGCUGAAGACUAUUGAAGAACUGCAAAACGAGAUCCGAACAUUAACUGCAGAAAAUGCUAGAAUUGCUCUUGAAGUUGACAAUGCUAAAUGGGCAACUGAUGACUUCCGAAACAAGUACGAUAUUGAACUCGGCCUAAGACGCAGUGUGGAUGCAGAUGUGAGUGGACUUCGUAGUAUGCUAGAAGGACUCAAUAAAGAAAAAAGCACCCUUGAUACAGGGGUUCAAGAACUGGAAGAAGAGCGACAGCAAAUGAAGAAGAACCAUGAGGAGGAGGUCAAUGCCCUAAGAGGUCAACUCGGCGCCAGGGUUAAUGUGGAAUUAGACGCUGCCCCAGCUGUAGAUUUGAAUAGAGUUUUGUCUGAGAUUCGAGAUGAAUACGAAAACCUGAUGGAAAAGAACCUAAAGGAUGUGGAAGCCAUGUUCCUUGCGAGGUCUGAAGAACUGAGUUCUCAAGUCCAGUCAAGCUCUGCAAAUCUACAGUCAGAACAAAUUGAAGUUAUUGACUUAACACGAAGUGUACAGAACCUGGAAAUCGACCUGGAGAGUCAAUUAAAUAUGAACUCUGCUCUACAAAGUAAUCUGAUGGAAACCGAGGCUAACUACAGCUCAGAACUUGCUCAGCUCCAGAACAUGAUUGAUAUCGUGCAGGCCGAAUUUGUACGGAUCAGAAGUGACUUGGAACGCCAAAUUGCAGAGUAUAAAAAUCUUAUGGACCAGAAGAAUCUGUUAGAAAUGGAAAUUGCCACCUACAAGGGAUUGCUGGAAGGACAGAACAAUGAGUGA